CCAUUGGAAGUAAAGUAUUUGUGGAUCGAAGCGGGAGUGAAAUGAGCGUAGUCUAUCGCGUUUCCAUCGACUUAAAUUCGGUUCUACGGCGGACUAGGUGCUUCGAUGGAAACUAGGCCAGUGUGACGAACCUAAACAAUGAGGUUAAAUCAAUAGAAGAAAAUAUUCCUAGACAGAAGAAUAUCGCAAAUGUAAGAUCCCUAAAAAUGACGUACUCGUCUAAAAGAAGAUUUGGGGAGAUGAGCCGCCAAUAGAAUCUCAAGUCUCAUUUAUUUGCGACCAAAGAAAAAAAAGGAUUAUGGAUCGCCAUGGAUCAUGCGUGACUAGCCAAGGAUCUCGGACGUAUUCGAUGAUCGUGUCCUUGAGGUCGCGCUUCGCCGCGCUUUUUCCAUGCGUGAAAGUACGCACACGCGUAGCAAUAAUAUUAGAAUGAAAAUUCUCGCCAGGUUACGUGAAGCACAAAAAAAGUGCGCGUAGCCGCGCGCGCAGGGGAAUGACGGCGCGCGAUUGGUCGGCGCGAUGGACUGGCCGAUGUUAUUUCGCGAGAUGUGUCAUGUGACCAUCGUUCCUCUAUUUAUGCAAACAUCACCGAUCACUCGGCCCCGCAGUCUCGUGGCAAAACAAUAACAAACAACAUAGGUCGUCACUCCGUAUUCUUCGAUUUCUCGCUCCCAAUUUAUGCGAUUUGCAUUACCGUGUCGCGCACGACGCUACGCUGAAGAUAAAGGCGAUUGAUCGCGCUCGAUCUCGAUCGUUGUGAAGCACGUACAGGGUGAGUCGUAUCGCGCCGAGAGAAGCGAAACCCAAUCUGGUCUCACGCGAUGUGUCAUCCGCGGAAAAUGCCCGCUAACGAGAGCCACCACGGCCGUGGUGCGUACAGACUGUGAACGCGCGUGGACCAAUAUGUGAUUUCGACGUGUUCGCCCUUAUCAGACUAACUCGUCGGGUUUUCGAAACGCGAAGCAGAGAACCAGCCUCUAAGCGUUUGCCCUCGUGGCUGCGGAGACGCGACGGCUGCAAAUCGAUCGAGCAACACAGCGAGCGGACGAGUCAAAAUCGUGCCGUGUAGGUGGCUCGGUGGCCGCGUGCGUGUUUCUUAUUCCGCGCACAUUUGCCGUUUGUCGUUUGAGGAACUGUCGUGCGAAUUCACGUGUAAUAGUACGGGACGAUUGCGUAAAAUGUCGCGUGUAUGAUAUUUUCAUCGCUCGAAACUGUAACCGAACGGUGAACCGAAUCGAGCUUGGAAGAAUUUGACAAUUUCUUUAGCGAGCUUUUGCGUACGCUUCUUUUAGAGAAAUAAUUUCUGUAGUAUAACGAUUAGCGCGCAGCUAUAUUACGGUUUUCGUUGAAACACGGUUUUUGUUGCUAAUGGACAACUCCAAGUACAGCAAUUUUUCGCUAGCUAACACAAUGGAUAGCAGCAUAGUAAAGCAGGAACCUGUUCAAGAAAUGGGUUCGGCGUCGGCGUCCGUGCCGAUACCCGGAGUACACAGAGGUACUACGCGAGGAACGUAUGAUCAAUUCUCUCCCUCGCCUCUGGCGGUUUCCUCUGGAUGGGGUAUGAGAACCGAGCAUACAGAGUAUCCCUUUAAAAUGGAUCCAGAUCAGCUAGACGUCUAUUCCAAAAUGGAUGAGGACGAUAUAUUCCAAGUGGACAAAGCCGAACUCAUCCAGGGUCCGACUCUUGCGGAAUUAAACGCCAACGACGACACUCUGUUGGGAGAUCUAAAUUUCGAUGAUCUAUUGCUACCGGAGGAAAGAGUGCAGCCCAUAAAAGUCGAAACCGGCCCACCAUCGACUGGCUCUCUGUUCAGCAAUAGCGGUAUAGGAUUUGCACCUAGUAGUUUUCCUCAAUCUGGAUUAACUUAUCAUAGUUGUCCCACGUAUAUCAAUACAUAUGGAUUUAAUGUAAAUAAAGGUUCAAACAUCGUGGAUAAUGCGGAAGCUGUUAGUCCUACUGCAUUUCCUAGUCCAGGCACUAGCAACAUUGCAGGUAGUUCAACAGCGAGUUCAUCGACUUCGCCACAUCCUGUAGGACGGCCUAUCGCGUCAUCUACUUUACAGGAUCUACUGAUGAGAAGAUGUGAAAAUCCAUUUAACAAUGCAGUAUCCAAUCAGAUAGAAAACAUCUCCACAACAGGCGGUAAAUCCAAAGUUUCAAGACUCUCCAUGUCCGCACCAACGCAAACAAUGGGACAUCUGGAUCAAAUCUGGGCUCACAGGGAACCGCGACAACAUCUGCUAAGUACUGGCAGUUUGGUAGAGGCAGGAUCGACAAGUAGCCUGAGCACAGGCGCACUGAGUCCAGAUCCACUUUGUGUUGAUCCCCUUAGCCAUGACGAAGGCUAUGAAGAUAGUGACGACGAUAGUGAUCAUUAUGACGACUACAGCAGUGAUAAUGAUACAGGCGGAAGUGACGACGAUCAGAGUAGCAGAACGGGAACAGAGGGAAAAGAGAGUAGGCACAGUAAGAAAGAAAGAUUCUUCUGGCAGUACAAUGUUCAGGCAAAAGGACCAAAAGGACAACGAUUAAUCGCUCGAGCACGCUUGGAAGAUCCACAUGUUUUGAACGAAGCAACCGAUCCUGUAUUUAGUCCCCAUUGUGCCCUCAGAGGGAUUAAGCACAGCGGGAAAGCACGGAAAGGCGAUGGAAAUGAUCUUACGCCGAAUCCCCGAAAGCUUCAUAACAUCGGACGAGAGUUGGACAAGCUCAAUCGCAUUAUAAAUGAUAUGACACCUGUUUCGGAAUUGCCCUUCACAGCAAGACCGAAAACACGCAAAGAGAAAAACAAGCUAGCUUCGCGAGCGUGUCGCUUGAAAAAAAAGGCUCAGCAUGAAGCUAACAAGAUAAAACUACACGGACUCGAACAAGAACACAGACGUCUUAUACAAGGUAUAUCACAAGCUAAGCAUACGCUCGCAGCUAAGUUAGCCGAAUCCAAUCCCAAGAAUCAGGAAGAGCUUACGCGACAAAUGGAGAAAUGUUUCAAGAUUGCUACUAUUGCAGAAAUGCGAAUAGCGAAUUUUUCGACAGACUUUGUCAACAAGGUGUUGGAAAAUAUUAGAGCCGGUGUUCCUGAUGGUGGCAUCGAUAAUUUUUAAUAUAGAAUCGUUUUCCUAUAAAUCUCUUACAUCUGCGCGUGUAUAUAAUUUUAGGCAAGUAUGCUAUAUGUCUGUCUAUAUACUUAUAGAUAAUGCUUUUAUCUCUUAAAGUUUAUCAUUGCUAAAUGCUUCAGAAAGCAGACUUAUAGUUAACUUAUUGAUUAAUGUAUUAUUAACAGAUAUACAUUGUUUCAGAUAAUAUUUAUAGAUGUAUAAGUGAGAAACGAAAUCUUGAUAUAUAUAUUGCUUUAACUUUUAGACCUGUUAAUAAUCGUUUUUCUUUAUUUUUUCUUUUUCCGUUUUUUUACGAAAGUAUCUGCAUUUUUACCCGCUGUUGUAUAUAUUGGUUAAACUGUAUAUAACAUUUCUCACGCAUCACGUACAAUAACUUCAAUAACGUAUCUCUUUGUACACAAAGUAUAUUUUUUUUUAUAAAUUAGCUACAAAAAUAUAUUCUUCUGCCCUUUUUAAAAAAGAAAACAAUAUUAUAUAUUCUGAUGAAAGUGCAAGGAAAAGUGCCGAAUAUCACUUAAUAAUUAUGACAAACUAUUAAACAUCAUCAAUGUCCAUUAUCAAUUAAUGUGGCACACAUUUUAAUUUAAGAUAAAAAUGUUCUAGCUUCUUUCGAAAUAAUUAUAAAGAUAAUUAAAGUGGAAUAUAAUUUUUGCAUAUGUUAAGCUUUGUUAUAUUGAUUGUGUGUACUGAGUCUUAUAUGUUUCGGCAGAUUCUCUUUGCACACGCUAGAUCUACGGAUGUAAAUAAUUACGUUUUUGUCGCGUAAUUUUUAUAAAGUUAAAGGUUUCGAAUUAAUUGGUUGCAUAUAAUGUUACAAUAUUAAUUGACAUUGAUGAUUUUUUUUAAUGUUUCGACUACGAUGUAGUUUUAAAAUAAUAGUAAAAAAUGUAGAAUGUGCAUAAGGUGCACUUAGAGACGAGCUUUGGAUUAUGUAGUUGUUUGCUGUUUGCUGACUCGAUCUACCUCAGAACAAAACGCUAUAUUCAAGAUGAAAGAUGUCGAUGUAUGGAAAGAUUGUAAUCGUGGCGCGUUCAUCUAUUGUUGCUUUAGAGUUUUAGAAGAGGGCGGAUGUAAUGUUCUCGAUCUUUACAUCCCCUCUGUUCAAUAUUUAAAACAAUUGUACGCCGCGGUUAGAAUUAUAUUUUGCUAUAAUUACUAAUAUACAUAUAUUUUAAA